UUACUCAAUUUUAUUUAGAUAACUGUUGAUGGAAAAGUCUGUUAGGUCAGAACUUUCCUUUUCGCAAUUUAUACUAAGUGAAAAAAUAUGAUUACAUCUCAAUUUACCGUGUUGAUUGUACUUUUUUUAUUAUUAUUUUAUCUCUCAUCUUCAUCAACUUCUUCCUCUUCCUCUUCAUCUUCUUCUAAUAAAAUGAUUUCAUCUCAUCCUUUAUCAUCAUCUUCGUUCUCACCGACAUCUUCACACUCAUCGUCAUCUUCUUCUUCUUCUCCGUUUUCUUCUUCAUUAAAUUCUCUGUCAUCCGAAUCAUCGUCACCUUCAGAAUCUUCACCAGCCUCAUCUUCCAAAUCAACCUCCUCCUCCUCCUCUUCCUCAUCUCGUGGACGCAAUUGUUCAUCAUGUAUGUUAUUAGACGGAGCUAAAGAGCGACGCAUUCGAAGCAUCAAAUGGCAAAUAUUGAAUAAACUUGGCUUCAAGAACGAACCAAAUAUAACUCGUCGAGAUAAUCUAGAGGUUCCACCGUUAAAAGAUAUAAUCACUUCCUCCAUGAUUUCCCUCUACUCUAAUCAAAUGUUACCCACUUUCUCAGCGCAACGAUUAUCUUCCAAUUCUAAUUUACAGUCCGAGACUAAAAAGCUUCUAGGAUUGUACAAUAAGGACGAAAUGAUGUCUUCGGAUCAAGCUUAUCCCACCUCAGAGGAUUAUGACGAUGAUUCAGAAGAUUUUUAUGUCAACACCGAUAAAGCAAUUAGCUUUGCAAUGAAACCUCCUGAGAAUUGGAGUUUUCUUAAGGGCAUUAAAAGCCAGUAUUUCAAGUUCUCACCGAAUGUUGUUAAUGCUCAUCUUGCCAGCGCUCAUCUCUGGGCUUAUAUUCAACCUAAAAGGUCCUCAGGCACCGGAUCAGGAACUUCAUCAGAUUCAAUUGGACAUUAUGACUUUUCCAGGCCCAUUAAUGUAACUGUUGUUGUUUAUGAGAUUAAAAAAUCACGAGAACCUGUUUCACUUCUCAAUAUUCGUUCAAAGAAAAUGACAAUAGAUGGACGAGGACGUUGGGUAACAUUAGAUAUAAGGAGAUUAGUAACCGAACGAUUCAGAGAGUCGAAGGCGAAUUUCGGUCUCGUAAUUCACGCUUACGACGAGAGAGGACGAAGUCUCCAUGUAACCAGUCCCUAUGAUGGCGAAAAUCAUUCCCAGCGAACCUUCAUUGAACUGUCAACCACCACUCGCAAGGCCAAUAGGGUUCGUCGAGAAACUGGAAUACGAUGUGAAGAGGGUUCCAAGGAGAUUAAUUGUUGUCUUCAUCCAUUGACCGUUGAUUUUGAAGAGUUUGGUUGGGAUUGGAUCAUCGCACCGAAACGAUAUGAGGCCAACUUUUGUUCCGGUGAAUGUCCUUACAUGUUCCUUCAAGACAAUAACCACGCUCAUCUUGUCCAGCAAGCAAACCCUUCCAUGUCAACUGGACCUUGUUGUACUCCAAGGAAAAUGAGUUCAAUCUCGAUGCUCUAUUAUGAUGAUAAUAAUCAAAUUAUUCUUGGCACUUUGAAGGGAAUGAAAGCCGAACGAUGUGGAUGCGCUUAGGAAGAUUAAACAUGAUUAGCGAUGAAAUGGGUUAUAUUUCCAAUGGAAGGUCAAAACCGUUUGAUUCUUUGGAUGGAUGACACUAAUAAUUUAGAAACAAUUAAUUAAUCUCAAAAUUUAUCGACGAAAAAGCUAAACAAUUAAAAGUAACACUCACUUAUCUUUCUCAGUCUUUUGUUCAAAACAAACUGAGAGCUAAAAAAUCACAACCAUGAACAAUCAAUGUUAUUGUCAGUCUUUAUUUGAACUGAAAAAUGAAGUCACACAUUGUAUUGAGUUUAAAUGGAUCAAUUAAAUAAAUUUCUUGUCAAUUAA